AUGGGUGAUUAUGAUGCAAUCAACGACGAGAUAAAGAACUUCCUGAGCCUUACAGACAGAAGCCCAUGCGAGAAUGCCCUCUCUGCCAAGGAGCCGAAGACGGACGAGGAGAACCUUUCCUCUCUGAUAGCGCUCCUUACUAGUUUGCAAAGUGUGUACAACGAAAUCAACACAAACCUUGCUGCAGGAGACGGCGAAGGGCUUAAGAAUGUCCUGCUGAACAGCGACAUCAAGAUGUCUCUUGUGUGCGAGUCUCUGAUGAGGGUUCUGAAGGAUGUGUCGCAGGAAAAGAGCGAGCUUGUGAAGAGCGAGGAGAAGCACAAGGAGAAGAUAAGAAAGCUCAACGAGGAGAAGGAGAGUCUUGAGAUCAGACUAAACAAGAUGGAGAGUGAUCUUGAGUUUGUCAACAGGGGAAACCAGGAGCUCAGCCGAAUCAUCAGGGACCAGAAGAACAAGAUUCAGGGGUUUAAAGAGAAGGCAGAUCUUGAAAAAAGGAACUGCGACAGCUUUCGGUCGAUAAAUGAGGAGCUAGAGACGCUGAGAAAGAAGGCCCUAGAAAAGUGCGAUGUCUACGAGAGGGAGAUAGGGGUGCUAAAGGAGUAUGUGAAGGAAAGGGCCUUGGAGAUUGGAAGGUUGAAAGAUAGGGCGAGGCAAGACGAGUCUGAAAGGGAAAGCCUCAGCAAGAAGAUAGUGGCUCUCGAGAAGAGCAACGAGCUACUUCGAAAGAAACUGGAGAUGAAGGAAAAUGCUCUUGGAAUGUGCAACUCGGAGCUGUCGAAGCUGAUUUCAAAAGAAAAAAGGAUUGAGAACGAGCUUGAGAGGAUGAAGGAGAGGGCGUCUUACUACGAGAGGCUUUACAACGCCACCAACAGUCAAAAUGAAUACCUCAACAGCCAGCUUUCCAAGAUGAUAAGGAGUUCCGACAAGAUAGAGGUUCCUGAAUACGAUCCCGACGGACAGCAGGAGGUGACUGCAGUAUCUGAUGAGAAGCACACGAAGGACACGGAAAGGAGUGAUGUGAAGAGGAUAAGGAAGUACAGGCGUAGGAUUUAUGAGCAAAGAAAGGCUAAUGAAAAGCAGAGUGCGGAGAUUCGUGACCUGAACAGGGAGGUUGAAGCUCUUAGAAGCGAGGUUUCGAGACUUCAAGAAGAAAGGGCGAGAACGGUUAGUGGAAAUGCCAAAAUCAUGGAAGAGCUGAUGGGCAAGGUGGAAAGCCUACUGGAGAAGAAUCGGGAGUACCAAGGGAUUAUUUAUGAGCUCCGGGGAAAGAACGCAAGGGAGGACAGGAGCCGUGUGGAUUUCAAUGACAGCUUCAGGACUGUGAAUGACGGGGAGAACGAACAACAGGAGAAGGAGGACUUCCCGAUUCCGGGAGUUCUUGGUAAAGACGAAGCCUGGGGAGGCCGAGACGGGUUGAAACCCUUUGGUUUCGGAAACGACUACGAAAAGAAAAUGAAGGAGGAUGAUGCGAAUGAUGGCCUGCAUGGUAUGGAUAAGACUUAUAACGGAGAGGUCGGAAAUAUUUAUUCGAGGAUGAGCUUUCCGAAGAAACGGCACGAAGCAAAUGGGGAUGGUGGGCCGAUUAAGCUGAAUCUUCCGGACAGUUUUUAUAGCAGCCUUGUAAAUCCCGGGAAAGAAGCAUUUCUGGGCAGCGGAGAAGAUGCAGAGAAGGCUUCUGUGAAGAAUGAAGGCAAGGCGGAUGUGCUGCACAAAGACUCUGGAUAUUUGGACGAUCCGUUUGACAGUAUAAGCAACAAGAAUCUUAGAAGAGGUGAUGAGGAGAAGGUUGAGUCUGAAGCCAGCAGCACGUCUCCCAAAACGGUCCGCACGACCUCGACCCUGCAUGAAAUGCUAAGGCGGACUGAUGCUCUGCAAGAAAAGUUUGAUAAGUUGGAGGACCAACUUAAUGCAAUAAAAAGUAGUGACAAGGUCGAUGCCGAGAAGGUUCAUGACCAAAUCAAGGCCUACAAGAACUAUUACUAUUCAGAUUACCUGGAUAUGUCGAAUGGGUCUGAUGUCAUCUGA